AUGAAGGCCAGAGAUGAAGGAUUCUGCAAUAUUGUUUGCAUGAAGACACUGUUUUUCGUGUUUAAUUUCAUCUUUUGGGUGAGUGAAAGCCUCGCGAAAAGCUUCCAGACGAAUCCCAACUUUUGUUUUGAGAGAACGGUGAAAGUUUUAUUUAAGAGGGCAGGAUAAAUACCUAUUUUCACUUCAUUUUCGUGGUUUCAUCGUGUGCCAAGUCAGAUUAUUAAUUUCAAAGUUACGGUGAUCUCUUUCUGUCAUAAUUUUGAACGAUGCUAAAGGCUAGCUUGAACUGUUGUGGUCGCACAACAUCAUGUUCGUAAUAUUUUCAGCAGUUUAUCAGCUGUCGCCUUUCGACUUUAGAGUUUAAUAUAUUCAUUUCAUUUAAAGCUUUGCCAACUUUCUAUGAUUUCUUUAUUUCUUUGCUUUAUGCCCUUAAAGCGAAACAUUGAAGCACGUUUAGUUUUAGAGCGAUUACAGUGUAGCUUUAACCAUAGAAUUAAUGACGAGUUCUGUCAAAGUUAUGGAAUUUUAAUGAGCUUACAGUGUAGUACAAUGCACGUUUAAAUAAUCUUCGUCAUACUUUCACAAAGAUAAAUAGUUUCCUGUUGGUAGGGCCUUUUCAGCUCAAGUAGGUAUUAUUAUUUAAAAGAUUUUUUGCGAAAAUUAUCGAGAAUAUUCUACCAUUAGUAUGAUUUUAAAGCUUUUACAGGAUACCUUGAUGUGCUCUUAGCUUUACAGUUAGCUUUCAUAUUGUUUUCCCACUGGGUCAACCAAACCUCUGAACAUUUAUCUAAUGGCUUAAUUAAUUUCUUUGAGUCCCUGUUCAAACACUGAUAUUUUGUUUUGGCAAGAUUUUGAGAAAAGUACAGUAUGUGCAUAGGGCUUCUAAGGCCCUGUUUAUGAGGACCCUGGCACUAGGAGGGUUACCCUAGCACUGGCAUAUUUCUUCUUUUCUCACACGACAUGUUUACAAGGCAGGUAGGGUUACCCUAGUGCUAGGGUAAGUCUACCUGAGUGCUAGGGUUCAGGGGCGGAUCCAGGAUUUUUUUUAGGAGGGGGUGCACUCGUCUCUUGCUCUACUUCAACACCAAUAAACCACAUAGUUUUUUCUUUUUUUGCAGAAUGAAUACCAGUUGUAUUAGAAAACCGCAGGUCAUCUCAGGGGGGGGAGAGGGGGUGCACACCCCCUGCACCCUCCCCCUAGAUCUGCCCCUGGGGUUACUCUUAGCAAGAGGGUUACCUUACCUGCCUUGUAAACACUCAGCUAGGGAUAACUCACCUACCCAGGUCAACUUUCCACCGUCAUGUGCGACCAGUAAUCGUGCCAAUUUGAACAGUAUUAUCCAAUUUCUAAGCUUAAUAAUAAACUUGAGGAUAAGUUCAAGUAUACAUAGACAAGUACGCAGCCAGUUAUAACUCAUAACCCAAGGGGACCAAAGAAAAUUAAUUCCUAUAACAUUCCUUCAGCUUGCAGGUGUCGGAAUUUUGGGUGUUGGAAUAUGGAUAAUGGUCUUCAAAAGUGAUUACAAAAGUUUGCUGGACAGCGAUAUCUAUGUGAUUGUGCCAGGUCUAAUGAUUGCAGCUGGCGUGGUGGUCAUCAUCGUUGCAAUAGUGGGAUGUUUAGGAGCUGUUAAGGAGAACAGGUUUUUCUUGAUCUCUGUGAGUACAUGCAUCUCUGUCACUAAAAAGAUAGACCUUAUUCACAACACCCACCAUCUUUGCACAUGCUUUAGGAUCAAUGGGGUACACCUGUAAAAGCAUCAGUUUCCAAGAUAAAUGUGUUCAACAGAAAGUAUAAAAAUAAUGCAAGAUUUGUUGAUUGUGCCUUGGUGUCCACAUAAUGAAUACCGAAACUGUAAUUCUUGAUUAAAAUAAUGUGGGGUUUCAAUAGAUACAAAAUAUAUAGAAGAGAAAUUUUUGUAAAAAGUGCUUUUGGGCCUCUGUUAUGGUAUAGCAUGAUAAUUGAGUAUUUUAAGGGCAAUUUCCAUAAUUGUCAAGAACCCUUGCUUGUUGAUAUAACACUGUGCACAAAACAAAUGCCAGGUUCACAUGCAAGGCCAAGUUGGAAAUAAGUAUUGUGGGUAAUUGGCUAUUAUAACACAUAGGACAACCCAUAGGCAGGAAUGGUACACUGUAUCUAUGGAUUGUCAGCACUCAACCGUGUGAAAUCUGUGCUGGGAGGUUUACUGUGAAAGGGUAUUAACUUCAUUAAGAAUUAUUGUAUUGCAGUUAUAGUGGUAGUGUAACUUACAUGAAAAUCUAAAUUUUUUUAUUUUUUUUUGUUGUUUGUAAAUUUCCAUUUCUUUCAGUUUUUGGUGAUGGUGAUCCUGGUCUUUAUUCUGGAGUUGACAAUUGGAAUUUUGGCUUUCGUAUAUUCUAAUAAGGUACAUUAUGUAUUCUGCUUUACCAACAUUUUGCCUGGUGUAAGGGAAUUCAAGACAGUCUUGGAUUCUGGAUUUCAGGCACUGGAUUCCGGUCUCUUGUCAUUGGAUUCUGGAUUCCAAUCAUUAGUAGGAUCCCAGAUUCCUUGAGCUACCACAAGUAAAAUAUUCCCAGAUAAUUUCAGAUUUCACGAACCAAAAUUUCUGGGUUUUUGGAUUCCGGAUUCCCUUGCAUUGGGUAAAACAUUCACCCACCCUUGUAAAAAUUUAUUAGCGAUCGCGCCGCGAUCGCGUCGUCAAUCGCUUAGCGUUUUUGCCGGCGGCGCGAUUCGCGGCGAUGGGAGCGAUGAUCGCUGUCAUCAAUCGCGAUCGCUGAGCGAUCGCUGUCGUCGUCAUCAAUCGCUCGCUGUCAGCGUUUUUGGCCGGAUUUCGCGGCGCGAUGAGAGCGAUCGCGGAGCGAUCGCUGUCGUCGAUCGCUUAGCGUUUUUGGCCGGAUUUCGCGGCGCGCGAUCGCUGAGCGAUCGCUGUCAUCAAUCGCUUAGCGUUUUUGGGAUUUCGCGGCGCGAUGAGAGCGAUCGCUGAGCGAUCGCUGUCAUCAAUCGCUUAGCGUUUUUGGCCGAUUUCGCGGCGCGAUGAGAGCGAUCGCGCCGCGAUCGCUGUCGUUAAUCGCUUAGCGUUUUGGCCGAAUUUCGCAGCGAGAUGGCAGUGAUCGCUCAGCGAUCGCUGUUGUCGAUCGCUUAGCGUUUUUAGCCGAAGUUCGCGGCGCGAUUGGAGCGAUCGCGCCGCAAUCGCUGUCAUUGAUCGCAGAUGGUUUUCGGUCGAAUUUCUCGUUGCGAUCACGGUCCGGACGAAAAAGACAUAAAUGAGUAUUUCUUAUCUCAGAAGAAGAGCAGUGAGCUGAAAUUUGUCCUGAAAGUUGCAAUAACAUUUUACUAACUUGUGACAAACGGAGAGCUUCUGAGCUUUGCCGAAAAUCGUGCAUCAUAGAAAAUGACCGCUCCGUUUGAAAGCCCCUGGUCCGGCCAGUGGUUCCGGCCACUUUGGCUACUUUAAUUGGAAGCCGACAUCAAAAGUGCGUAAAAAGAAACCUUCCAAGCACCAUCUGAUCUAAAUUCCUGUAUAAUUUUUAUAGGCUGCUCACUUAAAAUUCGAAACCAAACUGAGAUUUCUGUGUAAAGAGCUAACGUUUGGUCUCUCGAAGAAACUAAACCGUGAAAAGGUCAAUUCGCCACCAUUUUAAAUGAAUUCAGUCAAAGUUUAGAGCGAAAAAAUAUUUGUCGUCGCUUGUUUACGUCCUCAAGAAACACCUCCCAUCCCAUGCCGCGACCGAAAAGCGUGCGUCAUGCAUGUGCAGGACGUGCAGAGUAAUAUUUUCCUUGUUAGGUCCAUUACUUGCCAAGUUUUUUGACUUUGCUAAAUGCUACAGCUCCCAAAUGAAAUAGAAGUUUCAUUUUAUGGCCUUCUAUAUCACUGCUUAAUAAAUAAAGUGCAGUGUUACUGGGAAAUUUUCAAACAGGCUUUCCCUUUUCAAUCACUAUUUGGCUAGUUUGGCCGGACCAAGGACAUAGUACGCAAAAUUUUUUUUGGAAUAUUAUCUAAACUUUGGUUUUAAAAUGGGCCAAAAUUUCUGGGUUUUUGGAUUCCGAAUUCCCUUGCAUUGGGUAAAACAUUCACCCAGACAUGAUUAAGAUUGAGAUUUUUGCUAAUUAAAGAUGUAAAAGAAUAUGUAAUUGUUCAAUCUAGUACAUGUAUGAUUGGCAUUACUCAUUUACAAAAUGUAUUAAUUUUGCCUCACAGUAGUCACUUCAACAACAUUACUGAUCUCAAUGUUUCUAAAUGUAUAUAGUGGUGUCAGUUGGCAGGACUAGUAGCAAUACACUCUCACUUAGGUUUUUAAUUAGUGAUCAGUGUAUUUUAAACCUUUCUUACGUUUUACACUGUAGUAUGAAUCUCCUACAUAUGUACGUGUAAAAUGUCUACUACAGUGUUGUUUAUUACAAUUUUUAAAGUUAAAAAACUUUGUGAUGCAAGACCCUUUGGCAAAGGUUAAACUUAGCAUGUGAUCAAUUGACACAAUGGACAUUUUAAAAGUUUCUGCUGUUAAUUAAUCUUUUAAAAUGUACUUGCAUGGCUGCCACAGUUCAGGAAACACUGAAGAAAAAAAAUUUUUCAAGGUGAGGGAAAAGUCAGGGAAUUUCACUUUGAGUCAGGGAAAAUUAAUUAGUCUUUGAAAUAAGUCAGGAAAAAGUGAAAUUAAUCUUUAAGAGUACAUAUUUAUUCUUUUCCCUCUGCUUUCAUUGUUUUCUAACAUUUAACAAUUCUUUUGACAGUACAUUUUUAUUUUUAUGCACAUGAAUCUUGUUUUAUUCAAUUUGGUAGAAUAUUUUUCAUGAAAUUGAACAAGAAGCUGAUGAUGGGUGUUCCUUCUUGCAUGUCAUGUUAAUGAAUGAUCAAUUUAUGUCUGACACUGCACAUGAUUUGCUGAAAGCAUAAAUAAAUAGGUCAAAAGGAUGCUAUGAGGGGAGGAUUGAGUCCAUUAUUAGGACUAAUUUGUGAAAUAUUGUUAAUUCAGUUGGUCAGGGAAAAGUCAGAAAAUUUCAGAAACCUCUGUCUGUGGCAACC